CGAUCUCUCAGCAUGACGUCAUCACCACCAUCACCAUCACCACCAUCACCUCGUCCUCGUCUCGUCCUCGUGUUGGCAGACUCUCAAGCAAGUGACGAGAUCAAUACAUGUAGUCCUCGUCCUCGUCCUCGCUGGCCUCGGGGUGAUGCACGCGUGAGUGUUGCAGUCGGGGAUUCAGGAGGGGGGGUGGAGGAGGCUGGAGGGGAGAGAGAGGGGGGGUACUGCCGUGACUCGGGAGAAAGGAGGAGGGAAGGGAGGGAGGGAGGUAAUGUCGCCCGACCCCGAUAAGCAAGGGAGAAAACACAAUGGAGAUGACAGGUGCGCCGUGUGUCGUGUAUCGCAGGUGGAGGGGCACUGCCUGGCGUGUAUGGGCAGCUGCGCAUGGCGGGGCGUGGGCGUGGGCGAAGAGGGCGCGUGACUGCAGCAGCGGCGGCGUGCAGGCGUGGGCCAGCUGGCGGCGUGUGGCACCGAGGCAGGUGGACUACGACGAAGGGCCAGCUGGCGAACAGUUUGUGCGAAGUCCCCGCGUGACGCUCUCCUCCUCCCCGCUGCUCCUCCCGCUCCCCGCCCCGCCUCUCCCUCCCCGCCGCCGCCACCCUCGCCCUCACCAGCACCCCGCCGCCCCGUCCUCCUCAGUGUGUCCCGCAGCGGAGCGUUGAGUGGCCGCGGGAGUCUCCGGAGCCAGCGCCCCGUCCACGUGUUUCUGGCACCACGGCUGACCAGCGUACUCCCGCGCCGAAGACCUGCCGCCUUCUUCACCUCCUUCAGUAGGCACACUUAGACGCCCCUCCUCCCCUGCACGUCCUAGUGACCUUCAUGGUGCCCAGACGACCUUCCCGUGACUCAGCCCUUUGUGUGUGUGCCGUGAAGACCCGCACUGCUUCACUCCUGUAGGUGCGGGAUACCAGGGACCGCUCGCUACUCAAGGGUCAAUUGAACACGCUGUCAUCUUGGUGUUUACGUCACCACCUGUGGGUCUCCGCGCCAUACACACACACACACACACACACACACACACACACACACACACACACACACACACACAGCCGAGCCAUUAAAGUCGCGUGUCUGGGUCGCUGCGGAACGAGUCUCGGCUGUGAGUUGAUUUGUUUUCAACUCAGACUUGAAAGAAAGAGAAGUCAAAUCACAGAAGAAUCAGAGCAUCAUUUGAAGUCCAAUCAGUGCCUCCCCGACGCCCGCGGCGGGAGGCGGCGCGGCGCGUGACCUUGAUAAAGUUUGCAGCACUUAAGCACAAAGGGUGGACACGAAAGGUGAACAUCGCGACACCUGUGCUGCCGCCCAUAGAAGCCACCUGAAGGAGGCACGACGCAGAGCCUGGCAACAUUACGCAACCCGUGCAGCGCCUUACAUCAUCGUGCCCAGAAGACGUCGAUUCUGGGCUGUUGGACUUGCUCUCGGGGUGUUGCGUGAGGCGGACCAUAACCCAUCAGGACCCCAAGGCCGCGGAGGGGCUGCCCGUGGCCCCCCUCAGCCCCCCGCCCUCAUGCCGGGGUAGCCAGCGCCCGGGGGUUUAACUCAACGAAGCAGUGAUGUCUUAGUCCCAAUCCCAGGAUGUUGUAGCAAUUCACCCCCACCCCCCACACCCCCACCACCUCCACCCCCCGAGGAGCCACACCCUCUGGGCCACAUCCCUCGCCAUGGCCUCGCAGGGGGCUCACCCGGCCUGCCUGUUCCUGGCCCUGACGCUGUUGGUGACGGGCGCGGCCACGGCCAUCCUCUGCACCGCCAUCCUCACCAACUACUGGGAGCUGAUCACCUUCGACAGGGAGGCGGUGGAGGCGAUCACGGCGAGGCACAACAACACCCACACCCUCACCUGGCUAUGGGAGGGCAAGGUGGGAAAGGUGGUCAUACAGCUGGACAAACCCCUGAAGGUGCGGCGCCAGGUGGGGGUCGCGCCGGGGCCAGUGGGACACGGCGGCAUCAACGCCAUGAAGACCCAGAGGUUCCGGCGACAGACCUCCAGAGUGAUCUACCUCGUCCCUCACCACGGCGGCAUCUGGACCCUGUGUGUCGGCCUCUCCGAAGAGGAAAUGGAAGAAGAGGAUAAUAAGAAAAAGGAGAGUAUGUACGAGAAGAAGAAAAAGACGGAGGAAGGAGGAGAAGAAGAAAAAGACGGGGGAAGGAGAAGAAGAAGCAAACGACAAGAAACUGAACAAAGGCAACUGCACGACAAGUUUCCCCUGAGCGGCUGCAUCAACUACCUCUCCUCUCACUCAAUGGGUAGCAGCGAAAAAAAUGACUGGGUGCAGAGUAAGUCUCGGUCUGUCUCUAUCACUACUUCUUGCUCUACCAACAGCACAAGGAAGGAUGGUUGGGUGCAGAGAAUGCAGAACCUCAGCAUCUCGUGUGCCCUCGUGUGCUGCAUCCUGCUCGGCGCCUCGGCAGUGGUCGGCAGCUUCGGCAUCAUCCAGCGGCAGAUCUCGGCAGUCCUCAUCACCGGCGUCAUGUACAUCCUGGCCUCCACCUUCGGCCUGUUCUGCCUCACCAUCAUGCACUUCAAAAGGAGAACAAAGAAGGACUGUGGCGUCUUGGAUUCACAGGUGACGCCAGAGUACAGCUCGGCGCGGGUGUUCGAGACGGGGUGGUCGCUGGAGCUUGGCUGGGGCGGCGUGGUGACGUGCCUGGCGGCGGCGCUGCUGUGGCUGCUGCUGGCACGCAUCAUGCGCUACAACCCCAUCUCCCUGUCCUGAUGUCGCCUCCAUCCCCGGCCCUGGCCACGCCCCUGCCGCCGCGCCCUCCUCGCCUGUCUGCGCGCCUGCGACUGCGUCCCCCUGGCGCCAGACUGAGGGGCGGCACCCCCGGGACAUCACUUAGCCGCUGCUGUGUAAUCAGUGUCAGUGUUAUUGUGCUCAGCGCGUGACCGCCUCCCGCCGCCCGGACCCAGCGUGGAGGGGUGACCUGGAUAGUGUUGUUUGAUGGCUGCGUCUCAGGCUCGGCGAGGGUCACUGCAAGGAGCGUUGAGGCCGCCACGACCCUUCGUCCCCCUGACCUCCUCCUCUCCGGGGCGCCGUGACCUGGGAGCUGCCUGACCCUGGGUGACGAGGCGGCUGCGUUGGCGGGGCGGCCGGGGGUGACGGGCGCCCUGGGGGAUGAGAAGGAUGACUAGGAUAAGGAUAUUGAUGAUGAUGAUGAUGAUGCAUUUACAGAAUUUAUUUAGAAUGUCUCGUCAGUUGCUUUUCUUUUCCACCAAUCUUUGUAAAACACCACACCGCCGAGGUCUUCUGAUUAUUACGUUGUUCAAGGAAACUAAGCAACCAUACUUUUGAUCAAAAUGCGAAACGAAAGUCAAAAAAUACUCCGUCAAUAUACACACACACACACACACACACACACACACACACACACACACACACACACACAUCAUACCUUUGCGUGCGCUGAUUUUACCUGCAGAAACGCAAUAUAGUGUCGCUGUAUUAUUUCGCUGCGGAGGGGAAGAGAGCGAGGCGAAGACACGAGGGUGGAGGCGCCCGGUGUUGCCCGUGUCCAGCUAAGCGUGCGUGUCUGUCCCCUGAGUGGAUAGUAAUGAGAGAGAGAGAGAGAGAGAGAGAGAGAGAGAGACAGACAGACAGACAGACAGACAGACAGACAGACAGGUUAGUUUCGCUUACUUUCAUUCCUCCCUCUAAUCAAAACAAGUGUGAUUUUUCCUUUAAAUUUAAAAAGAUAAAAAUAAAUACUAAGGAAAAAACAUGAAUGAGCACGCUUCUGAGUUUGAUGAAUACGUAUAUAAUGACACGUAUGAAUAUGACGUUCUCUCUCUCUCUCUCUCUCUCUCUCUCUCUCUCUCUCUCUCUCUCUCUCUCUCUCUCUCUCUCUCUCUCUCUCUCGAUAUUCACUUGUUUUCCAGCGCGUAGCAAAUCCCUAGUUCGAAUCUCUUACGAACGCCACACGAACCCAACGAACCCCUUUAUGUGCCCUUUGUACGUUAAUUAUGUGUCAUUUAACCGAUGUAAUAUUUAAUGGGAGAAGAUUUUGUAUAGGGAAUCCAACCCUGUGUAUGUAUAGCAUCGUCGUUUACUGGUAUUACGCCGUUUAUUGUUUUUUUCUUUCCCACGCUGCCUGUGACAAUGCCUCACUAUGACAAUAAUAACGAUAAUAAUGAUAAUAACUUCGAAGCCUAGCCAUGACGUCAUUUCCACGCGCAUCGUUACCAACACAACGACUUACUGACAAUCACGGGAGAGUAUUUUAUUGUCGAUGUUUAGGUCGGCAUUGUCAAACGCUUCCGCCUCUCACAUCAACCAUCUUUGCUAGAUUAUCGUACUCAGAACAUCGUAUUUACCAGUUUCUAACCCAUGACUAUUGCAAAAAAAUACCAACAACUAACCAUUUCAAUGAUAACUAUAAAUGAAUCUAGUUAUCGGCGUGGUGGAGACAGGUUUAGGUCGGAAAUCAGCAAAUAGAAGAGCCUGAGUACGACAAUCUGGCAACGUUCACAUCAAGUAUUUCCAAACCCCCCAAAAAGUAGACCAGUCGGGUUCUGAUAAGUGGAAUUUUAGGUUCAUGGUACAGAAGAAGGGUCAAACUACCACAAGGGUCAAAAACUACCCCUGGAAAUGCCCCAAACUCCUAAGAAAGCUCAGACAGCCUAGUCAAAUAUUUGUGUGUUUGGGCGCCGGAAUGUUUUGAGAAUAUGGGGCUUAGCUCGCCUGUACGCCCUGGGUCACGCUUCCGAGAGAUUUUCAGUCUUCACAGUGGUGGUCAUAACUUUCGGGAACUUCCGUAGAUUUUUUUACAGCAGUGGUUAUCUGCUCAAGGGCAAAAACAAUAAUACAAGCCACAAAUAAUCCAGCAAAUCGUAUCUUCCCUGGAAUUCAUCUUGGCAAUGGUAACUUAAUCAAACAGGAAUUCACCGUGUCAGUAAUAUUCUAUCAGGAGGUCAUCUUUGAAACCGUAUUUUUCAUUGAAUUCAUCGUAUGUUUCGAAACACUCCAGGAAUUUCAGUUGUAAUCGUAUCUUCUCGGGAAUUCGUUUAGGCUAUUGUAACUUAAUCAAACAGGAGUUCACCGUGUCAGUAGUGUUCUAUCAGGAAAUCAUAUUAGUAACUUCAAUUUUCAUGGAAUUCAUCGCAUGUAUCGAAACUUUCCAGGAAUUUCAGUGGUUAUCGUAUCUUUCCUGGAAUUCAUAUUGACAAUCUUAACUGAAUCAAACAGGAAUUCAAGAUCUCAAUCGUAUUAAAAUCAGGAAAUCACACUAGUAACCUCAACUUUCAUGGAACUCAUCGCAUGUACCGAAACUUUCCAGCGAUUUGAAUUUGUUAUAAUCGCAUCUUUCCGGAAAUUCAUAUUGACAAUCUUAACUUCAUCAAACAGGAAUUCAAAGUCUCAAUCGUAUUAAAUCAGGAAAUCAUAUUAGUAACCGAAACUUUCAUGGAAUUCGUUAUUUGUAGCAUUGAUUUGGGGGAUUCAUAUCUUAUCCGCAAUUGCUUUCAUAACAAGGGGAAAACGAGAGCCGCAGAACACACAAUCAUGAAGUCUUGUCCACGCCGCUGCUUGAAGACUCACACGCUGGUCAGGGAAGCAGGAGGCAGGCCAAGGGGUGCUCAGGUGAGGGGAAGGGCCGCGAAGGGGAGUGUGAGCUGCAAAGGAGGUAAAGAUGCAUGGAGGAAGGGAAAGGUACCAUCACACAGUCUUUCGAAGUGACGCAAAAAUGAUGUGGUGAGCGAGUAAUAAAGAUGAGCUGUUUUGGAUGAUGGGAAAAGGACCAUAUGUUAAAAAUCCCUUCUCGAUAAAAUACAUCAAUGAAAAAUGCACAAAAGGGUGAUGGAAGGUUGAAUUUAUGUGUUACUUUCCAUGUAGCGACGAAUCAAGAAGAGUUGUUUGUAUAUAGGGGGAAAAAAACGGUAGUGCGCUUUGGAGGUACUUGCGUUUAAUGGAAAUCCCUUCUCUCCCAAAUACAUCAAUAAAAAAUGCACAAAAGGGAGAUAAAAGGUUGAAUUUGUGUGUUACUUUCUUUCCAUGGAGCGACGAAUCAAGAAGAGUUGUUUGUAUAUAAGGAAAAAAAAUCAUUAGUGUGCUUUGGAGGUACUUACGCUUAAUGGAAAACCCUUCUCGCCAAAAUACAUCAAUGAAAAAUACACAGAAGGAUGAUAAAAGGUUGAAUUUGUGUGUUACUUACCAUGGAGUGACGAAUCAAGAAGAGUUGUUUGUAUAUAGAGAAGAAAACAGACCAAGAGUGCGUUUUGGAGGUACCUGCGUUGAAUGGAAAUCCCCUCUCGCCAAAAUACAUCAAUAAGAAAUACGCAGAAGAGUGAAAAAAGGUUGAAUUUAUGUCACUUUCCAUGGAGCAGCGAAUCAAGAAGAGUUGUUUGUAUAUAGGGAAGAAAAAGACCAUUAGUGUAUUUUGCAGGUCUUCACAAUCAUAUAUCUAAGAAAUCCCCUCUCGCCAAAAUACGUAAAUGAAAAAUAUACAGACAGUUGAUAAAAAAUAAGUAAGUUGAAUAUCCAUGUCAGUACUUUCUUUUUAUCAUCUUCGAUCCGCCUUUGAGAGCGUUAUUUCUAUCCUUGUCGAUCUUUGACACCCCCAUCAAUGAACAAUACACGGAAGAGGGAUAAAAAGAGUUGAAUUCCUCUGUCAGUGCGUGCUUUAUCUUCGAUCCGCCUUUGAGAGUGUUAUUUGUUUCCUUGGCGACCUUUCACAACCACACAUAUACGUCUGCAGCAACAUAACAAACAAGCACAAUCAGCAACAUCAUAGGUAAUAGGAAUAACAUCAACAGUAAUAACAUAAACACCAGUCAACAACAUAACCAGCAUAUAAACACCAGCAACAUAGGCAGCAGCAGCAACAACAUUAUCACCAGACAGCAGCAACAUAAGCACCAGACAGUCAGCAACAUCAGCACUCACCGCAGCACGCACACUCCCCUCGUAAGCCGCAUCAGCCGAGGAAGUGUCAGCUUAAGCUCAACUUUUUUCUCCAGACAAUAUUCGGAUUCGCGUGUGAGCGUAUGGCGUGCGUACGAGUCAAGCGAAGUUAAGUGGGGUACGUUUUUAUGGCAUUCGGUUCGACUUGUUAGUACGCGUAUGUAAGCAGUGUUGGUCGUACGAGUGUUGUUCUUAGGGCGUCAAGUGUUGCAGUCCCGUUGUGUGGUUGGUUGGUUGGCAUGUCUCACGCUACGGGACUGAACUUAAGUGUAUUGAGGGAGUUUACCGCAGAGUUUACCCCAUUUAUGUGUGGGUGUGCAGGUUAACCUCUCAUCUAUUGUUUCUGUCGUGUACAGCUAGUUUUAGUAUUUAUUUAUUUGUGUACACGUACUCUUGUGUAUUAACUUAUUUGAUAGGAAGCCCUCGUCUCUGCCUUAGGCCUCCUUUCUGUAAUUAAACGGAAAUCAGAUGAUGUAUAAUCUUAUUUGUAGAAAAAUCUUAUGCGUUUCAGUAUUAUUAUGAUUAUUAUUAUUGGUAUUAUUAUUUUUUUUAUUAUUUUAUCAUUAUACAUAUUAUGAAUUGUCUCUAACCUACAUUUUUUUUAUUUAUUAUGAGUAGUAUUUUGCAAGGGUAUAUUGUAUGUUCAAAAUUUAAUAUACAAGAAUCUUUGUAAUUAACAGUAGUAGUAGCAGUAGUAGUAGUAGAAGUAGUAGUAGAAGUAGUAGUAGUAGUAGUAGUAAACGUAUACUAGUAUAAAAAAAAAAAAGAGAAUAAGGAGGCAGAGCAGUAUACGGAGAAUCAAUAUGUCACCCUCUCCAGUCCUUAAGACGCCUCUGUCACAGGUACAACAAGUCACCUGUACACACCUGCCCCGGCGCCACCCCGCAGGUAAUAGUGUUUGGAAGGUGUUUUUUGGGGGGGGGUUCUAAAUGGCUAUAACUACGGAGCGAUGUUGGUCAAGGGGGGAUGAGGGGCUUUUGGUGUAUGUAAUAGGCUUUGCAGGGAAUAAAGAGCUUUUAAAUGUAUAUACGUACCUUAUGCUAUCAAGGAGAGAGCUUCUAAAUGUAUGAAUUCACCGUGUGCUUCAUUUUGCCCCAAUUACUUAGGUCACCAUUCUCAGACGCUUCCGCCUCUCACAUCCACCAUUUCCUAAGGCUAAGAAGGAGAUGAAUCGAGUUCUCAUGGUACAGAAGCCUCGUCAGACUACCACGACAGUCAUUAAACUACCUACUGAAACGCCCACAACUCCUCCGAAAGCCUUGCCGUAUGUGUGAGCGCCGAAGUGUUCAAGAAUAAGGCUCGAAUUAGUGUUUUCUUCCGUCACUGUCCGCCUCGCCGCCGCUUAACCUCCUCAUACAUACCCUCUUGUAUACGCUGUCUAUAUAGUGUGUCAGUCUGUAUGUUUGUUCGUCUGUAAACAUAAAGAACAAGUUAUUCUUUGAAAGGUUUGCUGUGUGUAUAUGUUACGGUGUUGUUGUGUUUUUUAUCCGUUUAUUAUAUGUGAAAUUGUAUACACCUACGCUAAAGAGAGAAAGAAAUUUAUGAAGAAAGUUUUAUCGGAAAAAAUGUUAUCAUGAGAAUAUUUUUGUAUGACUCAGCGUUCGACUGUCUGUUUGUAUGUCUGACGCGAUGCUUCGGGAUUCAUUCACAGCUCAUGGUAGGCUUCAUAUGCUUCACACACACACACACACACACACACACACACGGGCGCCACAUUAAGGCAGAUCACAUUCAUUACACUCAGCGGAGGGGAGGAACAUUAUGUGCUUCAUUAAAGGUGUUGCUCCAAUACUCGAAGCUCCGUGAAUCCGUUUCGAAACCUGAACUGCAAAACAACAACAGCAACAAGGGCGCGAAUUAUCUGCAGCAACACUCCUCACACUCAUCGUUUAGCUUCUCAUUGCAACGCUCAUUCUCACUUUUUUAAUGAAAGGUUGUUGGCGUCCUGUCAUCUUUCUGUCGUUUUCGAACAGAUACUCCGAGAAUUCAAAAACUCCACGGAAGUUCAAAUAAAAGGUUCUGAAUCGUUUAUUUUGAGUCUGAAAAACAUAUGGCCCGCGCAAAGCGGUUUUUUUAGAUUACACAUAGCGAUCGUAGUGUUCAAAUUGUGCGGAAAAACUGUUCAACUCUUCGUACUUCCCGUCGGUAUUCUCAGACGCUUCCGGCACUCACAUCAACUAUUUCCAAAGGCCAAAAAAAGAUGAAUCGGUUUCUAAUGAGUGUUUUUUCACAUUCAUGGUGCAGAAGAAUGGUCAUACUACUACCAAGGUCUUAAAACUACCCCCUGGAAAUGCCUGCAGCUCCUACGAAAGCCCUGUCAAAACGUGUGUGCUUGGGCGGCGAAAUGUUUAAAAACACGUCCCAGAGCAACAGACACAGCCACUGUUAUAUUUUUUACCGUUUCGUUCAGGCGCCAAAAUGUACAGUUCCCGCCACGACGACACUGUCCUCCAGGCACCUCCGCCAGGGCUUGUCACAUCCGUAUAUAGCUACAAAUAAAUAAUCUAGUCAUA